ACAGCGGCAAUAAGUAUUCCACCAGUCUGAGUAUAGGUUUUAGAAGAUUUUCAACUGUCGAAGGAAGCGUUUGUGUCCGAUAGAGUUAAGAACCGCUUUUAUGAAAAUAUUUGUUCAGAUUGGACGGUGUAUUUAUUUGUGAAGUCGAGUGGAAAGAGCCAAAUAGAACGAACUCAAAGUUUUUUGAAUUGAAUUGUUAACACAGCGGAGGAGAAAAAAAUAGAAUCGGGUUGAAGGCACUGCACUGAUUAAAAUAAAAGUGAAACCAUAAUUUAUUCCACACAAACGAACCGCCGACUAAAAUGAUGAAUGAGAGCACAGAGGUCUCACCUUCGGUGAGUACGGUAAAGCCAGCCAGCAGCUAUAUUUCCACUUCACUCACAGAGCCAAUUAAACUGCGCAUCGGCAAGGAGGGUAUCUCCGCCAACGAGCCCCACAGCAUACCGCAGUUCUUCCGCAAAAGCUGUGCGCGCCAUGCCGACCAGCCAGCGCUCGUCUAUGCCAAUGAGCCGAAAGAUCCAAAUACUGACUGGACAACUGUCACCUACACCCAAUUUGAGCGGAAUGUGGAAAAGGCUGCACUUAUGCUCAUUCAUGUUGGCCUGCAGCCACGCACCUCCAUUGGCAUACUGGCUUUCAAUUGCCCGGAAUGGUUUUAUGCGGAAUUGGGCGCCUUGUGCGCCAACGGCGUUGUGUCUGGCAUAUAUCCAAGCAGUUCACCUGAGGCAGUGCAGCAUGUGCUGGCCACGUCGCAGGCGACUGUUUGCGUUGUAGACGAUGCAGCGCAGAUGGCAAAGGUGCGUAAAGUCAAGGAUCAGUUGCCGCUUUUAAGUGCGGUCAUACAAUUGCAUGGACCGUUCGAAGAAUUCGUCGGCAACGAGCAGGGUUACUAUAGUUGGGCGGAUUUGUUUGCUUUGGAGUUCGACAAUCAAGAGCGAGAGGAAUUGGCGAAGCGUGAAAGUGCUGUCGGCGCCAACGAAUGUGCAAUGCUAAUUUUCACGUCUGGCACAACGGGUCUACCCAAAGCUGCGAUGCUCUCUCACGACUCCGUCAUCAUGAAUGCCAAAUACAUCGAUGCAACGCUGUGUAAAUUUCGAUUACCUGCUGAAAGAACCGUUACUUAUUUACCUUUGAAUCAUAUUGCUGCUCAAAUCUUUGACGUUUAUAUGGGCUUAGAUAAUGGUAGCUGUAUAUAUUUCGCUGAUCGCGAUGCGCUGAGAGGUACGCUCACGAAAACCUUUGCUAAGGCGCGUCCCACGUGCAUAUUCGGUGUGCCACGUGUCUAUGAAAAGAUACAGGAGCGACUGAAACAAGUCGCUUCCAAAUCGUCGGCGCUAUCACGCUAUACAAUGGAUUGGGCAAGACGAGUGACUUUGGAACACUAUCUGAACAAAAAUGGUGAAGCAACCCAUUCUUUCAAACUGUGGUUGGCAUCAAAGAUCACGCAUCAGGUUAAAGUCGCUUUGGGUCUUGACUGCUGCAACUGGCGAAUUAUUGGUGGCGCGCCCGUUACAACUGAACUGAAGGAAUUCUUCACAAGCCUAGACAUGCCGCUCUUCGAGGCUUAUGGACUGUCGGAGACGGGUGGUGCUGCGGUAGUAAAUCAAAUUUACAACAAUUUGACGACUUGUGGAAAAGCCAUAGAAGGCUUUGAAAUAAAAGUCAAGGACCCCAAUAAAGAAGGACAUGGUGAGAUCUGCCUGCGUAGUCGCUCGAAUAUGAUGGGCUACAUAAAUGAGUUGGAGAAAACAAAAGAAGUUCUAGAUGACGAUGGUUGGUUUCUGUCAGGCGAUUUGGGUUAUCUGGAAGCAGAUGGAAGUCUCGUUAUCACGGGACGUAUUAAAGAGUUGGUCAUUACAGCUGGUGGCGAAAAUAUACCGCCAGUGCAUGUUGAGAGUCUGGUGAAAGCGGAGUUACCCUGCGUAAGCAAUGCGCUGCUUGUAGGCGAUCAUCGCAAAUAUCUUAGCAUACUACUAACACUAAAGACCGAUAUUGAUCCACAUACCGGCAUGCCGUUGGACACUCUGCAUGUCGAUGUCAUUGACUGGCUGCAAAACUUGGGUUUCAACUAUACGCACCUAUCGGAAGUCCUAAACAUACCCGCCGAUCUAAGCGAGUCUGAGGCCGCCAGCAUAUUGGUGAAACCGGACGCAAAAAUAGUGGAGAGCAUAGAGGCAGCCUUAAAGCGUGCCAAUACACGUGCUCUAUCGAAUGCACAGAAGGUACAAAAAUUUGCAAUCCUACCACAUGACUUUUCAAUACCCACCGGCGAGUUGGGUCCCACACUGAAAUCGCGUCGGAAGGUGAUUCUACAAAAAUAUGCUGUAGUCAUCGAUCGUAUUUACGAGUAAAAUGCUCCAUGGACUGAUGAAUAUAAUAUCGAAAUCGUAUAUUUUUAAGUUACUUAAUUCAUACUAUUA